CAAGGUACUUCACCCGUUCGAUGACCGCAACAAUGCCCCAACUUCGGCUUCAGUGGGCUACAUCCGUCACCUCUCCAUGACGCUCAUCCAUGUGUUCUAGGCUCCACGUCCACGUGCGCAAGUUUGACAUCUCGUGCGACCCGCACAAGCCCGCUGCAGUCCUCGUCGCCUAUGCAAGGGCCUUGUCAGCAAGCCAUCCUCCCGCCAUCCCACUCGAAGGGCUGUUCAACAAGUCUCGGCAAUGCGUGGUGGACUUGCGGGAUCCUAUUCACAUGAGCAUUGGGCCCCAUGACGACGUCGAGGCCAUGUCAGCGUUACUCGUGCCAGAUGAGUCCUUCACCGACCACCUGCCUUUUGCGUGUCCCACCAACAACAGCGACCGCCGGUUCCUCCAGCAGCUACGGGCGCUGGACGUGAUGGGGCAGCCGCUUACUCGAGUGGCCUCGUGCCAAGAGCGAGCCGUGAAGCGAGAUGCUUCGAGAUUCGUGGCGCUGAUGCAUUUGUAUUUUACCACUCCAUUUGACGACCAGGGCGCGUUUAUACCCCCCCCAAAGGCACUGGGGAAAGAUGUCGCGCCCCCCCCCCAGAGAGGACUUCUAGAGGUCGAAGCACACAACAGUGUUCGACCACCGAAUGCUCCAAGUGCCAACUCGAGGUUGGCCACAGAACCAGUCGCGGUGUCACUGGUGUCCAGAAAACCUCGCGGCGACACUUCAACUGUUGCCGUGGUAGUCGACGCCGAAUUUGACGUUGUGUUUACGCAACACGCGGUUGGGCUCAAGCUGGCCAUGGACACCCACCGAAAGUUCCCCACCGUUCGAGAAUGCCUCCCCGAUUUGGAAGCCAGUCAGUACCCCACGAUUGUCCCCGGCGUGGUCGUUCUGGCUGUGAACGGCAAAUCUGUCGUGUCCAUUGGACUCAGGCGAACACUCACCGCCUUGCGCGAAGCCGCCCGACCGGCCGUUGUUCGGUUUGGUCACCUCAAACCGGCCACUGUGUCGACUUCGAGGCACGAUGUGUUGUAGCCAAAAUGUUAAUUUGUACUACUAAUAACGUUACGUAGUUCCGUGCGUGUCACCUGAA